GUGACCCGGUGUGUGUCAGAGCUACAGCCCCUGCACAUUUACUCGCAUCACAGCUUUACCUCAAUAACUUCCUUAAACUAUCGUUUUCAUCAGUCGACGAGAGCCGCGGCGUGCUGGUGUCAAUGGCCUUAUGUUGAGGGAUCAGAGAUGACGUCUGCUGCCUGCUUCUGCUGAACGAGGAUUUAACCCUUUAAACCACUUAUGGUCAAAACCACGGUAUCAGACAAAGAGUGACAUGAUGGAUGACGCUGAACACUGUGGAUAAUAGUUGAAAGAAAAAAAAACAAAUAAAAUGAAAAACAAAUAUAAGGUUGAUGACAUGAGGAGAAAAGCUGUGGAAUGGUCUCUAUAGAUGCUGAAAGAUCCUGAGAAAGACUGUCUGCUGGUUUGCGUGAUUUGGAGAUUGUGGUCACUAUUAUAGUUUGUCCACUCAGAAUCUAACUAGGAUUAUUCUAAUCUCAGCAACGUCUACAUUAUGACUCUUCAAAUGCGACAUGGUGCCCAUCUCCUCUGGAUUGCACUGGUUAUAUGUGCUGUGGAAGCUGGAGCUCGUCUCAGGUUUACUGGCUCAGAGGGACAGUGGGCCUCGUUCCCCAUGUGGAACGCGUGCUGUGAGAGCGAGAUGAGCUUCAGCGUGAAAACCAAGAAUUUGAAGGGACUUCUGGUGUACUUUGAUGAUGAAGGCUUCUGCGAUUUCCUCGAGCUGCACAUACAAGAGGGGAAACUCAGACUACGCUUCUCUAUUUUCUGUGCUGAGCCUGUUUCCGUGCUUUCAGAUGUUGUCAUCAAUGACAACCAGUGGCAUGAGAUCACAGUCAGGAGGAACUUCAGAAACACUACACUCAUCGUUGACAAGGAAAUAAAGUGGGGGAAGGUUAAGUCCAAAAGGCGGGAUAUGACUGUCUUCAGUCACUUGUUUUUAGGAGGGAUUCCGCCAGAACUGCGAUCGGUGUCUUUACAGCUGACAUCGGACACUGUGAAAGAUCUCACUCCCUUUAUGGGCUGGAUAACAGACUUGAAAGUCAACAGCUCGGAGCCUGUCAUCAUUAACAGCGCCGGGGUCAGCGCUGACCUCUGUGGCUCGCACAACAUGUGCUUAAACGGAGGUGUAUGCAGUGUUGUCAACAAUGAGCCUACAUGUGACUGCUCCGAAACCGGCUAUCAGGGAAAGGACUGCGGUGAAGGUCUGGCACACCUGAUGAUGGGCGACCAAGAAAUGGAAGAAUAUGUAGCGACAUUCAGAGGUUCAGAAUACUUCUGCUAUGACCUUUCUCUGAACCCGAUCCAAAGCAGCAGCGAUGAAAUCACCCUGUCAUUCAAAACACUGCAGAGAAAUGGACUGAUGCUACAGGGAAAAUCUGCUGACUAUGUCAACCUGGCGCUGAAAAAUGGAGCAGUGUCUCUAGUCAUAAAUUUGGGUUCUGGGGCAUUUGAAGCUCUGGUGGAGCCAGUCAAUGGGAAAUUUAAUGACAAUGAAUGGCAUGAUGUGAAAGUAACAAGGAAUUUGCGUCAGCACUCAGGCAUUGGACAUGCUAUGGUAACAAUAUCUGUGGAUGGAAUACUGACCACCACAGGAUAUACUCAAGAGGACUACACCAUGCUUGGAUCUGAUGACUUUUUCUAUGUUGGUGGAAGUCCUAGUACAGCUGACCUGCCGGGAUCACCUGUUAGCAACAACUUUAUGGGCUGUCUAAGGGAGGUUGCGUAUAAAAACAAUGACGUUCGACUGGAGCUGUCCAGAAUGGCCUUUAAAGGUGACCCCAAAAUGAAGAUCCAUGGAGUUGUUGCCUUUAAGUGUGAGAAUGUUGCCACAUUAGAUCCCAUCACUUUUGAGACACCAGAAUCCUUCAUCACACUUCCUAAGUGGAACACUAAGAAAACCGGUUCUAUUUCAUUUGACUUCCGCACCACUGAGCCCAACGGACUUCUCCUCUUUAGCCAUGGGAAACCUAAGCAACAGACAAAAGAGGCCAAGAGCCCUCUUACACAGAAGGUAGACUUCUUUGCCAUUGAGAUGCUGGAUGGUCUUUUGUAUCUGCUUCUGGAUAUGGGAUCAGGCACAACCAAGACACUGGCUGUGAACAAAAAAGUGAACGAUGGAGAGUGGUAUCAUGUGGACUUCCAGAGGGAUGGAAGAUCAGGUACCAUCUCUAUCAACACACUUCGCACACCAUACCAAGCCCCAGGAAACAGCGAGAUUCUUGACCUGGAUGAUAACCUGUAUUUAGGAGGACUGCCUGAAAAUAAAGCUGAUACAGUGUUUCCUACUGAGGUGUGGACUGCUCUGCUCAACUAUGGUUACGUAGGCUGCAUCCGUGACUUCUUCAUCAGUGGUCAGAGCAAAGAUAUCCGCCGCAUAGCUGAGGGGCAGAAAGCAGCAGGCGUGAAGCCCUCCUGCAGUAAAGAGGCUCCCAAGCAGUGUCUCAGUAACCCCUGCCAAAACAAUGGGAUCUGCAGGGAAGGGUGGAACCGUUAUGUGUGUGACUGCUCCGGGACGGGCAAUCUUGGUCGCUCCUGUGAGAGAGAUGCCACCAUCCUCAGUUACGACGGCAGUAAGUUCAUGAAGGUCCAGUUAUCUGUAGCUAUGCAUACAGAGGCUGAAGACAUUUCGCUACGCUUCCGAUCACAGCGGGCAUAUGGUGUUCUCAUGGCAACCACUUCUCGAGACUCUGCAGACACCCUGCGUCUGGAGCUGGAUACAAGUCGCGUCCGGCUCACGGUUAAUCCAGACUGUGACAGGAUAAACUGUACCACGAGCAAAGGACCCGAGACCAUAUUUGCUGGUCAGAAUCUGAAUGAUAAUGAGUGGCACACAGUGCGAGUGAGCAGGAGAGGAAAGAGUCUGAAGCUGUCUGUGGAUGAUUUGCCCACUGUGGAAGGAGAGAUAUCAGGUGACCACACACAGCUGGAGUUUCAUAACAUCGAGACAGGGAUCAUUACAGAGAAACGCUACCUGCCCAUCACGCCCUCCAACUUCAUUGGGCAUCUCCAGAGCCUGAUGUUUAACGGCAAGCCAUACAUCGACCUCUGCGUAAACGGAGACAUCGACUACUGCGAAGUCAACGCCAUGAUCGGAUUUAAAAACAUCAUCGCAGAUCCAGUGACUUUCAAGGCCUGCUCGAGCUAUCUGUCUCUGAGCACGCUGCUGGCGUACUACUCCAUGCACCUGUUCUUCCAGUUCAAGACCACCUCAUCAGACGGACUCAUCCUGUUCAACAGUGGAGAUGGAAAUGACUUCAUUGCGGUAGAGCUGGUUAAAGGCUACCUGCAUUACGUCUCGGAUCUGGGAAACGGUGCUUAUCUCAUCAAAGGAAACUCAAACAAACCCCUUAAUGACAACCAGUGGCACAAUGUCGUCAUCUCCAGAGACACAAAUAACCUGCACACUGUCAAAAUUGACACCAAAAUCACCACUCAGACCACCAUGGGUGCCAAAAAUCUUGACUUAAAAGGGCCCAGCACUACCUGUCAGGAAGAUUCGUGUGCCAAUCAGGGCGUUUGUAUUCAGCAGUGGGAGGGCUUCACCUGCGACUGCAGCAUGACCACAUACGGAGGGCCUCUGUGUAAUGAUGCAGGCACCACAUAUAUAUUUGGGAGAGACGGUGGUCUGAUCACAUACACAUGGCCACCAAACGACCGGCCAAGCACACGAGCGGAUCGGCUGGCGAUGGGAUUCAGUACUCAUCUGAAAGAAGCUCUGCUGGUGCGAGUGAACAGCUCCUCUGGGUUAGGUGACUAUCUCAAACUACACAUUAUAAAUGGCUACAUUGCAGCUAUAUUUAACGUGGGCACAGAUGACAUCAAUAUCGAGGAGAAAGCAAAGUUUGUAAAUGAUGGAAAGUACCAUAUCGUGAAGUUCACAAGGAGUGGCGGCAACGCCACACUGCAGGUGGACGAUCUACCUGUUAUUGAGCGCUACCCAACAGGAAACAUUGAUAAUGAACGGCUGGCGAUCGCUAGACAGCGAAUUCCAUAUCGACUCGGUCGAGUAGUUGACGAUUGGCUACUCGACAAAGGCCGUCAGCUCACAAUCUUCAACAGCCAGAUGACCAUCCAGAUCGGGGGCUGGGAAAAAGAUCGCAGCCGCGCCUUCCAGGGCCAAAUGUCUGGUUUCUAUUACAAUGGCUUGAAGGUUUUUAACAUGGCUGUGGAAGGAGACCCCAACGUCCGCAUCGAAGGCAGCGUGAGGUUGGUUGGGGAGGUGCUGUCCUCCUCCAUAACGCCACAGUCCAGUGCUACGGUUUCUCGCUCUGAGACGUCUACCUCAGUCGUGGAGAUCACCACCACAACCACCUCCAGCCACAAGAUCAAACCCACCACAGCAAGCGAACCUCAGCAGACUACUGAUGACUCGUUGGUGGCAUCUGCCGAGUGCCCCAGUGACGAUGAGGACAUAGACCCGUGCGAGCCAAGCUCAGCUAACCCUACAGGCCCCGGGGUGAAGAGCUAUCCCGGUCAGUCAGAGGUUUUCCAUGAGUCCAGCAGCACCACAGGCAUGGUGGUCGGCAUCGUCGUUGCUGCCGCACUUUGCAUCCUCAUUCUUCUCUACGCGAUGUAUAAAUAUCGCAACCGUGACGAAGGAUCGUACCACGUGGAUGAGAGCCGUAAUUACAUUUGCAAUUCAGCCCAGUCAAAUGGAACAGUCAUAAAGGAGAAACCAAUGGACGGUACCAGUAGUAUCAGCAAGAGCAAGAAGAACAAAAACAAGGAGUAUUAUGUGUGAUUUUAUUAUUCCUGGUCCUUACAGGACCAUCAUUCUCAUCCACAGUUCACACAAAAGUCAAAUACAAGAACUACUCAUGUAAGAUAACAAAAACUAAGAGAUUAUGGAAAAAGCAUUUAGUCAUAUAUUAAACAGCGGUACAGGUGAAAUCUUCAAUAUUUAUUCAUGCACAUUGAAAUUGAUGACAGAACAGAAGGACAGCCACUGGAAGUUCAGGAAAUGUCCAGACAAGCUGAUUAAAUACCCAACAGCUUCCCAUAAGUGAUGGAAAGAUGAGCAAAUCCACCCAGACUCUGGCACUUUCCUGUGUAACAAAUGAAUGAAGAGUGAGUAAUAGACUAUCACAAAACGUCUUUCUGUUUUGUUUUGUUUUGUUUUCCUGAAGCAUCACUGAAGAAUGAGAGAAUGAGGGUGGACGGAACACAUCUCUCAGUGGUUCGACUUGAUCAUUCCUAUAGAGCUUAAAUAUGAAUCUGACAGUUGAUAAGAAAAGGGAAAAGAAGAUUACGCCAGUAUCUUUGGCAAACACAUGGCUGCAAAACAGUUGUGGAUAUCUCAGUGAUUAUGGAUUCAAUGUCUUAUUUAAUAUGUUUCUAUACAGUAAAACCACUACUGUGUGCUUUUUGGACUGUCACAAAUUUGUUUUAUAACCUGUUGAAUUGAGGAUGCAAACUUUAUCUACUCCUUGUCAGAAAAGACUACAAAAGAAUCGUAAAUAUGUCUAUUAUAGAAUUUAUAGAUAAUAUCAACAAUGCCAUUUUUUAUUUACAGUGUUUAUUUUUGUCAUUAUGUUACCUGCAAAUUGUUUUCUGCAAAUGAUUGUUCAAAAGUUGUCUGUUAGCCUUUUGACUAUGUGUGUGCACAUGCACGGUCUGUGUUUUAGAAGGUACUCUGAAAUACACCGACAAAACACUGAUGCCAGAGCCUUCCAAAGACGUAUCACUACCACACACAACUCACACACCUGAACUCCCAUGAGAUGUUUCUCAGCCUACAGUGACAGAUGGGAUGAAUCUAUGUUCAUUUGUGCUUGCACACCCUCAAAAUGUAAUCAUAAAUCAGAUUCAUUCACUCACUUGUGUCUUGAGAGUAUGUCUGUCCAUGUGUCAGCCUCAUUUCUUACUUUUAGGGGACAGGAAAUCUGAUUUUGAGCUAAAUGCAAGAACCGUUAAAAUGCAUUUGACUUAUUUUUUAGACCUGUAUUACUUUUUUUAUACAGUAUUUUAUUUCUGAGACUUUCAAAUUGUAUUAAAAUAGUUUUGAAACAUUAAUCAAGUAAAUAAAAUAUUACCCAGAAUGAAUCAUUUUCUCCCGUCUUGGAUAAAUGCACCGCUUUACUCUAUUUAUUUCUGCAAGUAUGUAUUUAUGUAUUUAGUCAGUUAAUAAGUUAGUGUAUUUUAUACAGUCAUGUGAAAAAGUUAGGACACCCUAUUGAAUUUCAUGGUUUUCUGUAUCAGGACAUAAUAAAAAAUGAUCUGGUCCUUGGCAGGUCUUACAAUUUGAAAAAUAAAUCCUCAGAUCAACAUCAUCACGAGACAUAUCACACAGUGUCAUUAUUUAUUUAACAAAAAUACAGCCAAGAGGGAAAGACCAUGUGUGACAAAGUUAGGACACACUAUGAGUCAAUUGCCUGCAGAUCCACUUUUAGCAGCAAUAACUUGAAGCAUUCAUUUUCUGUGUGACUUUAUCAGUCUCUCACACCAUUCUGGAGGAAUUUGGACCACUCUUCUUUUCAACGUUGCGCCAGUUUAUUGAGGUUUGUGGGCAUUUGCUUAUGCACAGCUCUCACCACAGCAUUUGAGUCAGGAUGAGCUCUGGACGUGGACUGGGCUAUUGCUACACCUUGAUUCUUUUCUUUUCAGCCAUUCUGUUGUAGAUUUGCUGGUGUGCUUGGGAUCAUUGUCCUGCUCCAUGACCCAAUUUUGGCCCAACUUUAGAUGUCAGACAGAUGCCCUCGCAUUCGACUCUAGAAUACUUUGACAUACAGAGGAGUUCAUGGCCAACUCAAUGACUGUGAGGUGCCCAGGUCCUGUGGCUACAAAACAAGCCCAAAAUGAUCAGCCCUUCUCAAGCAUGCUUGUCUUUUGGUAUGAGGUGUUUGUGUUGACAUGCUCUUUAGGUUUUCACCAAACUUGGCGCUGUGCAUUAUGGCCAGACAUCUCCACUUCAGUCUCGUCUGUUCAAAGGACAUUAUUCUAGAAGACUUGUGUUUUGUUCAGAUGCAACUUUGCAGACCUAAAUUGUGCAGCAAUGUUUUAGAUAGAAGAGGCUUUCUUCUGCCAAGCCUUCCAAACAUGCCCUUUUGUCCCAUAUUUUUCUAAUGGUAUUGUCAUGAACUUUAUCAUUUAACAUGUUAACUGAGGCCUGUAGAGUCUGAGGUGUAGUUCUUGGGUUGUCUUCCAUUUUCUCUGAACUUUAUACGCUCUGAUCUUGGGGUGAAUUUUCUGGGACGUCCACUUCUGGAAGGAGAGGUGUCUGUUUUAAAUGUCUUCCACUUGUGAAUAAACUUCAAAUUGUUGGGAAAUGGCCGUAUUACUCUUCUCAGAUUGAUGGCAGCAACAAUUGCUUCUCUAAGAUGAUUGCUGAGGUCUUACCUCCUUGGCAUUGUGUUAACACACACCUGAAGGCUCCAAACCAGCAAACUGUCAAAGCUUAUGCUCAUGAUCAGUUAAUCAAAAGUAUUUGAUUAGCAGUGCUUGACUGUUAUUUACCCUCUUAAUUGCAAUGUUAACAGUAAGGGCGUCCUAACUUUGUCAAACAUGGCUUUUCCAUUUUGGCUUUAUUUUGGUUCAGUAAAUAAUGACAGGGUGUAAUUUGUCAUGUGUUGUUGUUCA